AUUUACUUUCUGAGUUUCCAGUUCUCAAAGUAGCAUAUAUUUUGGCUAUAAAGUUUUUCAGUUUUGGAAAUGAAUCUUCAGCUUAUAGUUUUUCUUUUGACCUUCCUCGUCAGUCCAAAACUGGCCUCAGAAUUAUCCAGGGAUCAAGUCCUGUGUGUUACACCUCAGACAGAGAGUGAAGUGGAAACUAUCAGGAAUGUAACAACGGAAUUUAGGCUUGUACUAUGGCAGCCAGACUCAGUACAACAUAUUGCAAAAAGUAAAGAUGCUCAUCUUUACGUAACUGCAUCUGAUGUCCAACAACUUAAACAGAAGUUUACUGAAAACAACAUUACAUACAGAGUAAUGGUAGAAAACACUCAGCCUCUUAUAGAAAAGCAAAUGGUGAACCUUACAGCUGACCCACGCAAUGCUGUUUCAUAUUAUGAGCAGUAUCAUCCUCUAUCCGAAAUUUAUGCUUGGAUGAUCCAAAUAUCUGAUAGAUAUCCAGAAUUACUCCAGCUUAUACCAAUUGGAUCAUCAUAUGAAAAACGCCCACUCUACGUCUUAAAGCUGUAUGGAAAACAGAGAAAAGCCAAAAGUGCUGUCUGGAUUGACUGUGGUAUCCAUGCCAGAGAAUGGGUAUCCCCUGCCUUCUGCCAAUGGUUUGUGGGUCAUGCUGUGGAAUUUUAUGACAGAGAUCCACUGAUGAAAAGCAUUCUUGAUGUCCUGGACUUUUAUGUUCUUCCUGUGAUGAAUGUUGACGGUUAUGAAUACACAUGGAAUGUUGAUCGAAUGUGGAGAAAAAAUCGAGCCAAAUAUGAUGACAGCAACUGUAUAGGGACAGAUCUGAACAGAAACUUUGAUGCAGGAUGGUGUGGGCCAGGUGCAUCAAAAAAUCCAUGUGAUGCUACAUACUGUGGACCUUUUCCAGAGUCUGAGCCAGAAGUCAGAGCGGUAGCUCGUUUCCUGCGAUGGAAUAAGGAGAACAUAAAGGGCUACAUAACAAUACAUUCGUACUCCCAGAUGCUGCUGUUUCCAUAUUCGUACACUACAAAUAAAGCAAAGGAUCACAAAGAGCUGUCAGACAUGGCAACCAAGGCAGUGAAUGCUAUUAAGAAUUAUUACUACAACAGAUAUACUGCUGGUCCUGGUGCAGAAACAAUUUAUUUGGCUCCUGGAGGAUCAGAUGACUGGGCAUAUGACAUUGGCAUCAAAUAUUCAUUCACAUUUGAACUGCGUGAUAAAGGGCAAUAUGGGUUUCUUCUACCACCUAAUUUAAUAAAACCAACUUGUUUAGAAACACUUACAGCUGUUAAAGUAAUAUUACAACAUAUCAAGCAGAAUGUUGAAUAACUGCUACUUAAAAGGUGUUAGGGUGUGGGAUAACAGAAAUAUUUCCAAAAAGUUUCACUUCAGAAAACUAAACUGAAAUGCUUUUGUUUAAUAAAUUGUAAAUUGUGCUCUUUACAUGAUUAAGCAACCACAAUAAAUAUGAAUAUAUAAUAUUAA